GCGAGACUUCUCCGCACAACUACCUUUGCUACUCCAUCGUCGCCCAUCUCCCUCACUAUCCUGUCCUUUAGUUCCGCUCGCCUCAUCCUCCUACUUCCGUAUCCUCUCCCCUCGGCGACACCCCCAGCGGAUCUGACCCGGGCGCAUUCACAUCAACCACCAUGGCCAACUAUCUCGCGUCGAUUUUCGGAACGGAGCAGGACAAGGUCAACUGCUCGUUCUACUACAAGAUCGGCGCCUGCCGACACGGCGACCGAUGCUCCCGGAAGCACGUCAAGCCGUCCUACUCGCAGACGAUCCUCAUGCCCAACAUGUACCAAAAUCCCGCCUACGACCCGAAGAACAAGAUGAACCCCAGCCAACUGCAGAACCACUUCGAUGCGUUUUACGAGGAUGUAUGGUGUGAGAUGUGCAAGUACGGCGAGCUAGAAGAGCUGGUGGUUUGCGACAACAACAAUGACCACCUCAUCGGGAACGUCUACGCUCGAUUUAAAUACGAAGAAGAUGCGCAAGCAGCCUGCGAUGCGCUGAAUUCGCGCUGGUAUGCAGCGCGGCCGAUAUAUUGCGAGUUAUCGCCGGUGACGGAUUUCCGAGAAGCGUGUUGUCGAUUAAAUAGCGGCGAGGGCUGUGUACGAGGGGGGUUCUGUAAUUUCAUCCACCGGAAAGAUCCCAGCAAUGAGCUCGACCGGGACAUUCGUCACAGCACGAAGAAGUGGCUGAAGGAACGGGGCCGCGACGCUCGCAGCGUCAGUCGCAGUCCGAGCCCCGAACCGACGAGGCGGAGGUAUUAGAAGAGCCAGGCUGGCUAGCGGUUGUUUGAGAGGGAAUCUGCCGUUGUUUCCAUCUGGUGGGCGUUUGGGGAUACUCGCCUUUCUUUUGUCACCUGUACUAUUUCCUUUAUAUUUUUCUAUCUUCUUUCCUGUGCUCAUUAGUAUGAUAUCAAGCUGUGAUUGUGAUAUUCAUGAAUUUCUUUUAUUGU